CUGAGAGGAGUCACUCGGUCCCCUGGUUCAGUCCUUCCUCAGCAGCUGCAGUCGGACGUUGUUGGAUAUUUUACGUCCCUGUUUUCAGCUCUAAGUCUUCAAGAUGCCGCGUGACAAGUGUGCAGAGCAACUGAACGAUUUCAAGAAACAACAAACGGCUCCUGAUAACCUGACCACGAGCCAUGGAUGCCCCCUCUCAGACAAGCUCAAUUCCCUGACUGUAGGUCCAAGGGGCCCCAUCCUCCUGCAGGACAUUCAGCUCCUUGAUGAGAUGGCACACUUCGACCGUGAGCGCAUCCCAGAGAGAGUUGUGCAUGCUAAAGGAGCAGGUGCCUUUGGUUACUUUGAGGUUACGCAUGAUAUAACCAAGUACUGUAAGGCUGCUAUGUUCAGUGAGAUUGGGAAACAAACUCCCAUUGCUGUUCGUUACUCCACUGUAGGAGGUGAGAGUGGAUCAGCUGACACUGCCAGGGAUCCUCGAGGAUUUGCUGUGAAGUUUUACACAGAAGAAGGAAAUUGGGAUCUUGUGGGGAACAACACCCCCAUUUUCUUCAUCAGGGAUCCUAUUCUGUUCCCAUCCUUUAUUCACACUCAGAAAAGAAACCCUGCAACUCAUUUAAAGGAUGCUGACAUGUUUUGGGAUUUCAUCAGCCUGCGACCAGAAACAACACACCAAGUGUCGUUCCUCUUCUCUGACAGAGGAACCCCUGACGGCUAUCGUCACAUGAAUGGCUACGGUUCACAUACUUUUAAGCUUGUCAAUGCAAAGGGAGAAGCUGUCUACUGCAAGUUCCAUUACAAGACGGACCAAGGCAUCAAGUGUCUGAGCUGCAAGAAGGCUGAUGAACUGGCAGGCUCUGACCCGGAUUAUGCAACAAGAGACCUAUACAAUGCUAUUUCAAGUGGCGAUUACCCCUCAUAUACUAUGUAUAUUCAGGUGAUGACAUUUGAAGAAGCAGAGAAGUGGAAGUUUAAUCCAUUUGACCUCACCAAAGUAUGGCCACAUGACGAGUUCCCACUCAUCCCUGUUGGCCGUCUCACUUUUGACCGCAAUCCAAAGAAUUACUUUGCUGAGGUGGAGCAGAUUGCAUUCUCACCUGCCAACAUGGUGCCUGGUAUUGAGGCUUCCCCUGACAAGAUGUUGCAAGGCCGCCUCUUCUCCUACAACGACACUCACCGUCACCGUCUGGGCGCCAACUACACUCAGAUCCCUGUGAACUGCCCAUACCGUGCCCGUACAAAGAACUACCAGAGGGAUGGCCCCAUGUGUGUCGAUGGCAAUCAGGAAAGUGCACCUAACUACUUCCCCAACAGCUUCAGUGGCCCACAGGACUGCAGGAAACACACUGCUCCUAAAUUUUCUGUUUCUGCUGAUGUUGAUCGCUACAACAGUGCUGAUGAGGACAACUUUACCCAAGUUGGCAUUUUCUAUCGCCAGGUGUUGAACGAGGCAGAACGCCAGCGUUUGGUGGAGAACAUUGCUGGUCACAUGAUUGGAGCCCAAGAGUUCAUCCAGGAACGAGCAAUCAAAAACUUUGCCCAGGCAGAUCCGGAGUACGGUGCUAACAUCCGCCGUGCACUUGACAAGAUAAAGAUGGCCCAGGCUUCAUCUAAAACUCAUCACAUUCAGGCCUUAGCUGCAUCAAGCAAUGGGGCCAAGUUAUAGAUGUGCAAGGUGUUGGCUGUAAUGUAACUUGGCAUCCAGAUUUUGAGUUGUAAAAUGAUUGUGAUAUGGGGCUUCUUUGUGAAUCCUUUAUUGAAUAUGAUAGUUCAUUUUGGAAUAAAGGAGAAGCAGUUUAAAUUUUUUGUUAUAUAUGAAGUUCAAAUAUAUUCCUUUUAAUUACAAGAUCGUUUUUAUUCUUUUGCUGAGUUUAUGCUAGCAUAUAUAAUUUCCUUAUCAUGAAAAACACAUUAACCUUUUAUUUCUGAGUUUAUACAAUAUAUAUACUUUUAUCCUUUUCUGUCAUUCAUUCAUUCAUUUAUUAAUGUUAUCUUUCUUCAUACAGUAGUAGUUCUCAUUAGAUUUCAGCUUCAAAGUACCUUAGAGCAAAAAAAUUUUUCAUUCAGUGUUGUUCUCUGUUAAGGCCUGUCCACGUGAUUGAGACCAGCCCAACAGGCAGUGGCUAUUACCAGAUUAAGUAUUUGGGCAGACUUGCAUUGUUGUCCAUACAGUGGUGUUUGGGCCAAUCAGUGCAGGGCAGGAGCUGGUGGUUCACUGGGCUAUGUGCAGUAUGAGAACUAUGGUGCUUAGUGAUAAAAAGGUCUCUGGUUGUGUAUGACAUUAAAGAAAAGGAGUGAUUAAUACAUAUGGUAUGUCUUUCUAUUUAGUAAUGUGAACUAUCAAAUUAGUUCCAUAAUGGAAAUGAGAAAAGCCAUGUUUCUCCAGAAAGCAUCACAUUUUUUGGGGACAAAAAUGUUCCUUGAAUUUCGAUUUGUACAUAACCUAUUUAAUUUAAUUAUGGUGAUAACUACUUUAGGCACUUUUAAUCAUGGAUUAUAUUAACAAAUAUAUGCUAAAUGAUCAUACUACCAGAAAGUGUCUGAUGAUUUUGAACAGUCAGUAUGGGCACUGUCAGCUGGCAGACUCCUUGCUUUUGGCCAUGGGCACUGCUCGAUUGCGUGUACAGGUCUUUAGGAUGGGUUCUGAAGAGACAUCAUUACAGCAAUUUCCUACAUAAGAAAUGCAAGGUAAAUUGCUCUGAGUAAAUUGAAACAAUUUGAAGUAAUCACAUUCUGAUUUGUAAUGUUUCUUAGGGAUGUGAGUUAUUUAAUCCUCUUGAGGAGAUAUUACGUUGUACUGGUAAUCAUGUUUGCUUAGCAUUUAACCCUUAGCUGUACUGAAUAUUGUAUAUGAAAAUACAAUUAUUUACAUAUUUGUCAAUACCGAGUGUGCUAAUUUUCCCAGUUAGAUAAUAAGACAAAUGCAUAUGAAAUGCUCUUGCACUAGAUUGAACUAAUGUUCAAGGACUUUUGAUAUUUAGUUAGUUCUGUGUGCUGUUUAGAAGAAAUGUAAUUUGCAUUUAUUUUACCUCUGAAUAUUGCAUGAAAGUUCUUUUACUGGCAUAUACAUUUUAAUGCAGGUAUACUCUAAUUACCCAGUAUUACAAUAUACUUAAAGCAACAUGCAGAAGGCUACUGAUCUGUUGAGGUAACUUCAUUUUACAUCAACACAGUGUAAUGAUAAUCUUGCAUUUAUAGCUGAAGUCAUAUGACAGAUAGUCUGAAGGUUAAAGUUUUCUUGCCAUUAAGGUUUAGUACUAAGAAAUAUUUUUAUAUGUUUUACAAAGAAUUUUAAUGUGAGAGGUGUCAGGUCACCAUGAAAAAUUGUUCUCUUUAGUUGCAGGGUUGCUAGUUGAUGUUUAUUACUUUAUUAUCAUCAUUAUUUUGUGGGUAGAAUCCACCUAUAGUAUGAACAGUAUAUAUAAUACUUGACCUUGUGAUGUUAUAUGGUUGCUAAAUUGUUUUGCAUGAUACCUGUGUAUAAUGACAUUAAUUGUAAUAUAUAUGAUACAGAAAA